AUGCGUUCAUUCAAGGUUCUCUCGGUCAUUGGACUGCUUGCGCAGGCCAGUUGUUCCCUGGGCUUCUAUAAUCCCAUCCGCAAGGGAGCUGCAGACCCAGCAAUGGUAUGGGCGGAUGGCAAUUACCACCUUAACAAAGAUAGUACUUAUACCUCCGCGACUCGCAUUCAGAUCACGAAGUCUCCCACAAUCGGAGGGUUGAACAAAGGGGAGACUAAGACCGUCUGGACGGAUUCUAAUACUUCUCGGAAUAGAGAUAUCUGGGCCCCGGAGAUGCACCGAAUAAAUGGGAUAUGGAUUAUAUUCUAUUCAAGUCGAGGUGCUAAGGACAACGAAGGUUUCCGUACUAGAUUCCUGCGCGGAUGUAAUGGCCCAAACCCCUCUGAUUGCACCUACACCUUCGGCGGUGAUCUGGUAGCUCCAGAGGGUCAGAGGGGUGGCCCCUCAAAGAAUAAUGCCCACAGUAUCGAUGGGUCGUAUCUAAAAAUUCCAGGGAAAGGUGAGUAUCAUGUUCUUAGCAUGAUCGACGAAAAAGGGCUAGAGUCCAUCGGCAUUGCUACUCUAGACACGAGCAAGUGGAAGGUUGGUGGAUGGAACGUCAUAUGCCGACCCGACCAGCCCUGGGAGCAGUUCGAUGGUGAUGGUGCUGGGAGUAAAGCUCUGCGUACUGGAAAGGGAUUGGUUGAGGGGCCAUACGCACUGUAUCACGGCAAAGACAUUUGGCUGUCUUAUUCCGGAUCAGACUGUUCGGCACCUCAGUAUGCUCUUGGGCUGCUUCAUUAUAACGGAGGGGACCCUCUGAAGGCAUCUUCGUGGGACAAGACAGGGCCGGUCUUGUCCUCGGCCAAUGGCCAUUAUGGAACUGGACACAACUCCUUUUUCAGCUCCCCAGAUGGGACCGAGAUCUGGAUUCAGAACCUUUUCCACGCCACUUCCAACCCCAACGGACAUUGUGGGGUAAACCGAUACACGAUGGCACAGAAGGUCACAUUUGAUGCACAGAACAACCCAAUCUUCGGGAAGCCUCUCCCUAAUGAGACAGAGAUUCCGCCUCCAAGUGGACAGGGAAACAAAAGUAAUAACUCAACGGAGCUUUUGUAA